CAAAUCGGAGCGGCUCUUGUUCCACAGCAAGGUACUGCUACAUACUUUGAUCACGGCAACGACCCUCAAAUUUCAACUUGAAGGAAGCUGGGCCGGCGACUGCGAAACUAUCAGGCCAAAUCUACGAAGGGAAGAGAAACGACUAGUCAGCGAACACUGACGCGAAACCUUGAUAAUCAUUGGAUCGAUAUGACCUGAUUUCAAUAUUUAAUAGUCUACAUCAGAGGGAACCGACUCGGUGACGAUAAGUAUAAGGCGGCAAAAUAGUAAACCCUCCUUUACAGCCUAUAUCAAUCUUCCACUCACACACUCCAGCCUCAUCCAUCAUUUCUUGAUCCUUCCAGCCCUUGUGUGAUAUGGACACCAGAGAACCUCAAAUAGUCAGUGACAAUGCUGACACGACACACCAGCCCGACCAUCUAUACAAUGGAAGGCGAGCUUCCCUACCUCUCGACAUCAUAGUCAUAGGAUGCGGUCUGGGAGGUCUUGCUGCUGCAUACUGCCUCGCACAAGCAGGUCACAAAGUUACUAUCCUCGAAGCAGCGUUCGCCAUCAGUGACGUGGGCGCUGGCAUUCAAGCCAGCCCUAACGUCUCGCGCCUCUUAAAGCGCUGGGGUCUCGGCCCACAUCUCGAAGAGCUUGGUGUCAAACCACAGAAUUUGAGCAUUAGACGAUGGAAGAAUGAUGAGGUCGUGGGGUUCACGCCAUUUGGGGAGACGUUCGUGAAGGAAUACGGCUCCCCUUAUUACCACGUACAUCGAGCCGAUUUUCACCGUAUGCUCUACGUGGCAGUUGAACCAUACUGUAACAUACGUGUAGGUUGUCGUGUUGUAUCCGUGGACCCGUCAAAACCUAGUGUGACCCUUGCAUCUGGGGAGAUUGUAUCUGCUGACAUACUCAUUGGCGCUGACGGAGUCAAAAGUAUUACUCGGCAGUAUGUCGUCGGCGGGCCCGAUGCACCUAUGGCUACUGGAGACUCUGCUUACAGAGCCCUCAUCCCGACCGAGAAACUCCUGCAGGAUGAUGACCUGAAAUCACUGGUGGAGAAGACGGAAUCGAUCAUUUGGAUGGGCCCUAAAGGUCAUAUCGUCGGCUAUAAUAUUCGUGCCAAGAAAGAAUACAACCUCGUCAUGAUGCACCCUGAUGAAACAGAAGGGGGCGUGGAAUCGUGGACUGAGGGAGGUAAUGUAGAACGAAUGAGAGAGUGCUACCAAGGGUGGAACAUUGUUAUUCAAAAGCUUCUAGCGCUUAUUCCGUCAACGCUCGAUUGGAAGUUGAUGGUCCGAGACCCACUGCCAUCGUGGAUUCACAAGGAUGGAAAGUUGGCCUUGUUGGGCGACUCAUGCCACCCAAUGCUGCCAUACCGUGCACAAGGGUCAGCCAUGGCGAUUGAAGAUGCUGCUGUCCUAGGCAACCUAUUCUCGCACUGCUCGGAUCGUUCGCAGAUUACGCCGCUGCUCUAUGCUUACCAGUCUCUUCGGUACGAACGUGCCACUGCGACACAGACGUCCUCAAAUCUGAACCGCUACAUUUUCCACCACCCCGACGGGCCAGAGCAAGAAGAACGCGAUAACCAAAUGCGUGCGGCAAUGGAGGACGCUUUGCGCGUUGCGCGCGGCGAGAAGAGCACGCUUGUGCUAGAGGGCAAUGCGAAUCAGUGGGCUGAUAAGACGAAGAGUGAUAUCCAAUAUGGAUACGACGCGGAUGAGGAGACGGAAAAGUGGUGGCUUGCGAACGGCGAUAAGCUGAUGAGUUUCGUCCCUAGUAUAUUCGAAGCGGUGAAUUAGAUUUGUGGCAGCACGAAGUUCUGUAACUUGUACUAGAAGUUGUGAAUGUGAUCCUAGCAGUUAAGAGAAUGUAGUACUCAUGUGAAACAAGUACCUUUUGUUAUCCUGGCAUCGAUUCUGGUGGCCUCUGGUUUGACGUUUAUAGUUGUAUACUUAUUGUUGUAUGACUAUUUUGUUCAGCACAAACAGAGCCAUGUGAGCAGAAAGGGCUGCUCACACAGCGGCGGUUUCAGAGUUCACCUGUAGUUCCCACGUACCCACCCUAAUUAGACUUGACAGGUGGGCUGAUGGCGUGUCUAAUUCGACUGGAAUUUGGCUGUACGCACCAGAAUGAAUAAAUAUUCAAUAAAGGGGGCCUUCUAGGACAGUAUAAGGUGCUGGGUGGUGUAGGUACCAAGC